AUGCAGAAAGUCUCACAAGCUGUUUCUAUGAGAAGGACUAGUGUACCCCUCCAAGGCCCCUCGGCUCCUGCCGUGGCUUCUUCGUGGCUUUGCUCUAUCUUCUCAGGGCCAGUCCAGGACCACAAGCCAGCCCCGCAGCCGCUGGCCCAGCCCUCAAGCCCUUCCCACACUCAGCUCCUGAUGAGUAACAGCAGUCUCCGCACAUUUGAGGACCAAGUCCUCUGUCCCAUCUGCCUGGAGGUGUUCCGCAACCCGGUCACCACCACCUGCGGGCACAACUUCUGCAUGGCCUGCCUCCAAGGUUUCUGGGACCACCUGGCUACCGUGGGCGAGACACUGUACUGCCCCCAGUGCCGGGAGAGCUUCCCCUCCAGACCGCGCCUCUGCAAGAACGGCAUCCUGGAGGAGAUGGUGACCUGCUUGGCCCAGGUCAAGGGCCAGACCUUGGGGUCCUCACAGCCCCUGGCCGGGCCCAGGGACGUGCCCUGCGACUUCUGUUCCGCCCAGAAGCUCAAGUCAGUCAAGUCGUGUCUGCAGUGCAUGGCCUCCCUGUGCGAGAAGCACCUGAGCAGCCACUUCGAGGACCAGGUGUUCCAGGACCACGAGCUGCUAGAGCCCGUGUGGGAUCUCAAGAGCCGCUUGUGCCGGAAGCAUCGCAAACUGCGGCGGCUGUACUGCCGCACGGAAGGCAGCUGCGUGUGCGGAGCCUGUCUGCUGGAGGAACACAAGAACCACGACACCAUCCCCCUGGAGGAGGAACGUGCCAGGAAGGAGGUGGAGGUUCGGAAGGUCCAGGCCAGCGUGGAAAACCAGAUGCUGAUCAUCAACUCUGACAGCCAGAGGCACCGGGGGCAGGUGGCCUUUCUCUCGAAAUUGAUCCAGACAACACGCGAUGAGGUGAACGCCUGCUUCUCAGAGAUCAUCCAGGAGGUCAGACAGCUGCAGAUGAAGGUCUUGGAUUUUGUCGAGAAAGAGGAGGCAGCCGCUCUGGGGAAGCUGGGCAGCUCCAUCCAGCAGAGCCACAACCGGCUCCUGAAGCUGGAGGGGGACAGCAUCUGGCUCCGCGCCCUGCUCGCCAACAGGAGCGACCAGCAAUUCCUGCAGGAGUUCCCCAGACUGAAGCACUUUCCCGCCUGCUCGGAAGCCCUGAUGAGCACCAACUGUGAGGAGAAGCAGAGCUUUCUCCAGUUGCCGGAGACCCUGGCGGAGCUCCGGACGCGGCUGCUGGACAUGGGUCUCAGCUUCAUCAAUCAGCUCCUCCUGAAGGGUGACGCAGCCUCCUGGAAGCCCAUGCCCCUCUCUGAAAGGACACUGGGCUGUAAGAGUGUCCUCAGCAAAGCUCCUCAAUCUCCUCCAGGCAUUAAGAUGAACUCCUAUGAGUUGCUGCCCUCAGCUGUGGACAGGAAAACACUUCUCAAGUGGUUUAGCCAAGCCAGCUUGGAUGACCCUGUCCGUCUCUUCCUCAAGCAAGCUCCCUUUUAUUGCUAG